AUGACCGUAACCUAUUCCGGGGAUCGAAUGGCUCAAAAGCCCCAAUCUUCCUCAGCCUUUGUCCUGGCCAGGGCUUUCCCGGGCGCUUAUUCACCUGCGACUAACGCCCAGCACGCAUCACCGUUCCAUUCUACUCCAAAUGGGCCGGAUGCUACAUCGCCUCACGACAAGCAAAGGAAUUUCCAACGUCGAAACCCAUUAGUUAGAACUGAAAAUGCCGAAUUGUCAUCAACCCUUGAGGAAUGGUUCUCUCCCAUUAAGACUUCGCAUCCAUGGAUGCUGACUCGGGACCUGUGUCGUUCCCGUAAGCCUAAACCAGCCCCCAGAUCAGAACAAAAUAUUUCUCAAGUCGCAGGCGGUGAGGUUGCGAAAUACCAGAAAAUUUCGAGAGUUUCUUGCCAUCCUGAUCCCAGUCGUCAAAUCACCGCCACGAACCCCUUUAAUCCUGUGCCGAUUUGCACGAAAACCUUAUCCCGCGCCGAUUUGCUGGGGUGGGCGGCAACAUAUGGGGCGUUUACCGCACCCUUUUACGAAGGCUUCAAAGAUGGCGUUUCCAAAUAG